GUAAGAGCUGCAGAUUGAGAUGGUUUAACCAAUUGGAUCCAAGGAUUAACAGAAGGGCAUUCAGUGAAGAAGAGGAAGAGAGGCUAAUGCAAGCUCAUAGGAUAUAUGGAAACAAAUGGGCGAUGAUUGCAAGGCUUUUUCCUGGGAGGACUGAUAAUGCAGUGAAGAAUCAUUGGCAUGUCAUAAUGGCAAGGAAAUAUAGAGAGCACUCUCGUUGUUACAGAAGGAGGAAGCUGACCCAAUCUGUUUACACUAAAAUGGACCAAGAUUUGAGCUUCCUUAAGCAUCAUAAUAUGCCAAACUUUCAGGCUUCUAUUGGUGCUGUUGAUUAUGCGUUUUUAACCCAAAUGCCCAUUGCUGGAGCAGAGGCAAUGCCCUGUGACACCCCGUUCUUCACCUCAUGUGCUCAUCUUUCAAAUCUCAAUGUCCUUCCAGGUUAAAUUUUGAUUGAAUAUACAUACAGUUAGUUACCCAUUACAGAGUAUUGUAUGAAUUGGGC